GUAAACAUUGAUGUUUACAUUUCAGGAAGGGAGCUGCUGUCUGUAUUCAGGAAUAUCGGGCAUAAAGCUAUUAUAAAAGUAUCAAGGAACUAAUCUACUUCAUAGAUGUAAAAGAAUACGAGAUGUUCUUAAUACAUCAUUAAGAGCUGUAAAAGAAAUUCAUGAAGCAGCAGAAAAUUCUUGUUCCUUAUUCUAGAAUUUGACUUUACUGCUCAUGCAUUAGUUAAAAACUGAUGCCCUGCAGAUUCACUGCAAGGAUGGAACCAACUCUCUUACAUCCCAACAUGCCUGCAGACCUUAUCCCUCAGAGAGAACUGAACAAUGCCAUGGUACAAGAGGAUGGUUAUUUGCCACCAGUACCUCUGGCAGACAUGAAGAAAAUGCAAAUUCUAGAAAAGAUGAGUGAAAGUUGUGAGUCUCAUCUGCCUCAUCAAGAUGGAUAUUUAAGAGUCCUUGACACUUAUGAGAAGGUCCUCGAAUUUAUCUUAGCAGAAGAAAAGGCUACAGGAAUGCAUUUCAUAGGUCACAGGAAGGAAGGGAUUUUUGAUAGACUAGGUAAAGAUUUAAAGGCUUUUAUAGGAGAAGGACGGAAGCAUAUAAGAUACUGUGUCACAGGUGGAACAAAAGGAAGAGGUUAUGAUCCAAUCCCAGUAGAAUAUACUGGUGUCCCAUUUAUUGAAGCAGGAACAUAUGUUAUGGAGUGUCAUAUGGGCAAUGACAGUGGAUUGUGGAUCAAAAAGCGAUAUGCAAAAAGAAGGGAUAUGUUAGAGAAAGAAAAUAGUCAAUGCGUUGUGAAGAGACGAUCCAGGACACUAGAAUCAAAGAAGACAGGCUGUCCAGCUAAGGUUCACAUCAAAAGGAUUCUAAGACUGCCAGAAUUUAAGCUUGAGAAAAACACUGUCGCAGCAAAAGAGAAGAAUCGCGCAAAGAUCAUGAAAGCCCUGAAAAGUGCAUUGGAAAAUGUUCAGUUUCAACAGGAAUACUAUGUUCUCAUGCCAGGCUUGGAGUGCCAUCAGUACCACGCUGCUGAUGUUGUUGCUGGGGUGAUGGUAAGCAAAACAAAGGAUGGAGAAUUACACUUGAACCAGAUAAGAAACUAUCUUGAAAACAGGACAUACUUGUCUUCUGUUGCCCCUAAUGAGAAGAAAAGCAUCAGAACUGCUGCUAAGACUUUCAGUAUUGAAGGGUCGUUUAUGUACUAUAUUGGUGAAGAUGGCAGGGAAAAGCGAGUUGUAUUGUACACGCCCGUAGAGAAGCAGAAAGCCUUUGAUGAAUUUCAUGUAGUACACAAGUCUGGGGAGCACUUAGAUUGUACACAAACACUGCUUAUGCUAAAACAGAAAUAUUACUGGAUGAGUAUGUCUGAAGAUGUUGUUACAAUGAUGCAGAUGUGCCAUAUUUGUGAACUCAAGAAGGCCAGUUCUACUGAUCAUAGACCUAUUACCAUAAAAAGAUACAAGAAAGCUGGCCACAGUAGAGAGUCAACCAGGGGAAGGCACAGAAAGCAUGCAUUAGCGAGAAGUGCUGUGCAAGAAAAGUAUAGAAUGAGGGUCAAGGUUGAGAUACCCAGCACCGAGGAAGACAGUAAGAACUGUUUUCAGCAUGACCUGCUUUCAGUACAAAAGCAGCUUUUAUAUGAAUCAGAGGACAAGAAACACCUGAAUUGUAGAGCUAAGCAGCAUGAUAAAGGUUCUUUGCAAACUUUAUAUACAUUCCAAGAGGCUCUUCACUACAUCAGAGAAGAAGAGAAAGCCACUGGCAUGCAUUAUAUUGGUCAUCGAAAAGAAGGAGUCUUUGAUAAAGAUGGUCAUGAUCUAAAGGCAUUUGUGAGAGAGGGAAGAAAACACAUCCGGUACUGCAUCACUUUAGGUACAAAGGGACGGGGAUAUGAUCCUGUCCCCGUAGAAUACACAGGUGUUCCGUUCAUUGAGGCUGGUACUUAUGUCAUGGAGUGCCACCUAGGAAUGGAUACUGGAAUUUGGAACAAGAGGAGAUAUGCUGCACGAAGGGAUAGGAUAGAGGAAGAAGAAAUUGCUGUUAUAAAAAGAAGAAAUAGAAUGUAUGACACUAAGAAAAUGGGGUGUCCUGCUAAGGUACACAUUAAGAGAAUUCUUAGAUUACCAGGUUUUAAGAUUCAACAUAACACACCAGCUGAAAGAGAAAAAAAUCGCAAGAGGAUCAUAGAUGCAGUGAGAGGAGACAUCGAGGCAGUUAAUUUUCAGACAGAGUAUUAUGUUCUUAUGCCAGACCUUGAAUGCCACAAGUUCCAUACUGUUGAUGUUGUGGCAGGUGUGUUGGUUACAAAGGGAGAAGGAGGGUACCAACACCUCAGUCAUAUUCGACAUUAUUUAGAGACUGGAACACAUGCUCGUGCUGUGCCCCUCCAUAGAAAAAAGAGUAUAAGGAAAUCUGCUAAGGAGUUUAUGAUGGAAGAUGGAUUAAUGUACUAUCGAGGAAAGACUGGUUAUGAAAGAAGAUUUGUUCCUGCUUCUGAGGAAGAAAAGCUCAAGGCUUUUAAUGAAGCUCAUAUUCUAAAGUCGGGCCAACAUUUUACAAAGGCUGAGACCGUGAGACGGCUUUUGGAAAAUUGUUACUGGACUGACCUGAGUGAAUAUGCUCAAGAAAAUGUUGACAAAUGCCAAGUAUGUAGUCUCCACAAGGUCAGGGAAGCCGAUUCGAAAUCCAGCUCAACAGCUCUGCAAGUAAGAAUUUUAAGUUCAUAAGUAUUAAUGGCAUUAGAGUAACAGAGAUGGUUGAACAUGCCGUAGCGAGGGGCCGUUCAGAGUUAAUAUAUAGUUAAUAUAGAGACAUUUGUAGAGCCGUAUUUCCCAGCGCGUUUCCACCUUCGAUAUCACCCCAGAGUCUGUAGUAUUACAUCCUUCCUGUUUCAAUCGGAGGUCUGUUUCAGUAGAUAAGCUGUUUACAGGCGACGUUUCCAAAAGGUGAAGGAAAUUCAGAGUGAAAGGCAAUGGGUGAUAGAGAGUUUAAAAGAUUUGCAGAACCUGAAGCUUAUUUGAAAAGAAAUAAGUGGUAGGAACUGUAGAGAAUAUACAGUGGUGUCAAAUAACUGAAAAGCACUUAUACAGCGACGGUCACGCGUUAAACAAACAGUUGUGAUACGCAUUUUCUUCGGAAACUCUUAUUUCGACUUCUUUCGUUCGAACGGCGGCUGAAUACGUUAUAUAUGAACUUGUAAUUUCCAUUCAAACAGUUUCCGAGUAAUCUUUGCAUCGCUUUGUCGUAUAUUUUACUAUUUACGCAUUAUCAUGGCCUUCCUUUGCACAUAGUCAAUAAUAUCUUAAGUGAGGUAAUUUACUACAUGAAUGUUGGCGAAAUUCUUG